GACGGCGCAAGCUUAUAAUAAGCGCCAUGGAAUCGUAUAAACACAUACAGCGUCCAUAAGAGCACCCAUCUGGCAAAUCGUCUUCCCUGAGGAAGUCCCAGCCUACCCCCGACCGUGAUGUUCACCUCCAUCGCGUCCACUCUCUCACUCAGCUUGCUAAAAGCAUGUAUUGUAAUCCUCUUGAUUUUGGUAGCAAGAGGAUUCCUGUGGUUGAUUAACAUGAUGGUCGUAGCACCUAUGUUUGACCCGCUCAAGAAGAUUCAGGGACCCGACGGUUCUCCGCUGCAGAACCACUUUCGUGAGGUCAUGGACCCCAGCGUAUCUCCAAAUACGCAUGAGAAGUGGGUCAAGUCAUUCGGGAAGACAUUCAGAUUUCAUGGGUUCGGUAGGCAUGACUUUCGUCUCCUCUCCGUCGACUUUUGCGUUAUGUCGCAUAUCCUCAACUCACCGAUCUAUGAGAAACCAUGGCAAACGCGAACAUUACUGACGAACCUUUUUGGGCGCGGUGUUUUUACCAUGGAAGGUGCCGAGCACAAAGCUUUAAGGAAGCUGAUUGCACCAGCCUUCUCAACUCAAUCAAUUAAAGCCAUGGCUCCCAUAUUCUUCCAGAAAGCUGAAGAAUUACGGGACAAAUUGGAGAGUCUUGCGUCUUCUCCCACAUUAGUCGAGGAUGCAAAAUUCCCUCCUCUUCCUGCACCACCCUAUUCUCCUUCUCCUUCUUUUGCCGAGGCGGUAAUCGACGUCGCCCACUGGUUCUCCCGUGCAACAUUCGACGUGAUAGGUUUGGCAGGCUUUGACUACCACUUUCAUGCUCUCCAGUGUGAAUCAGAAGAAGUCUACUUGGCAUACAGAAAUAUUUUCAGGAUCGCUGACAAGGGUCCCAAAUUACGAGAACUUGUCCAGCUUUAUUUCCCGAUGAUCCAGAAGAUAUUUCCUAAUGAAGCCACGCGCAUCACAGAUGAAAGUCAACGCGUAAUCAGCAAAGCUGGUCAACAGCUCAUCCAAAGCAAGAAGUGCGCCAUUCUUGCUGAAAAAGCGAGUUCGAGCGAGAUCAAAGAAAAAGACAUUCUCAGUCUACUCAUCAAAUCAAACCUGUCGGCGGAUGUUUCUGGGCGACUCUCUGACGCAGAUAUUCUAUCCCAACUCUCGACGCUCCUUUUCGCCGGCUCUGACUCUACAUCUCUUACUAUGUCCUGGUGCAUCCACCUCCUUUCCCUCCACCCUGAUGUCCAAGGUCGCCUACGCUCUGACUUAAACUCGAUAUCUCCUUGCGCAUCCAAUUCUUCAUCGGUGUCAGGCUAUUCUGCAUCGACACACGCAGAAGCCAUUGAUGGGCUUCCUUUCCUCGACGCAGUAGUCCGUGAGACACUGCGUCUGUGUCCUCCCGUCCAUGGUACAAUGCGAGUUGCUACUCGCGAUGACAAUAUCCCGAUAUCUUCACCCAUAGUUCUUCGUAAUGGCACGAUCAUUCAACCGGGCGAGACCAUCCAUAUCCGCAAAGGCUCUUACGUGCACAUUCCCAUCGAGGCUUUGAAUUUUAGCACUGACAUCUGGGGCGAGGAUGCAAGAAUAUUUAACCCUGAUCGUUGGUCUUCUCUGCCUCACCCUGCACGAGCUCCCUCUCAUCCAGGAAUCGCGAACUUGAUGACGUUCUCAUUCGGUCCACAUGCUUGUCCAGGCUGGAAGUUCUCGAUGUUGGAAACCAAGAUAUUCCUGGCGUCUCUCAUCCCUCAUUUUGUUUUCGAGCCUGCUACAGAUAUACAAAAUUUUAACGCGAUUCUGACGCGGCCCUACGUGUACGAUCAAUUUGAAUUCGGCACGCGGCUACCUGUGAAGAUUGGACGAGUAAAUCUCUGAUAUUCGUAGAUGGGUGUGUUUCAAGGUCCUGUUGUAGCAAAUCGGUUUUGUAUUUUUAGUCUAUCCUUACA